GCACGCGUUCAAUUGCAUUCUCAAUUUUUCUGAAUGGAAAUUUUACCUGUCCGGCGCAGCCGCCAAGGAGAAAAAUUAUCAUACGCUAUUGAUGAUCUUUUGGAAAAAAAAUUGAAAGUGUUACACACGCAUACGUACCUGCUACCUACCGACCGACUGUGUGUGUGUUUUGUGUAGAUGCGAAAAGAGAUCACGCGAAAGAGAUUGUAAAAGUGGAUUAAACACAUCGGCCGUGGGCAAAAGUGAUUGUGUGAAGUGCUGAAGGAGUGUAAAAUUAGCGGUAAUUUACCGACCAAAGGCGAGUGUUUGAAAGCAACAACAACAACAACAACAACAAAUAGUGAGUGUGAAAAGUCGUGACACCAAGUCCAAGUAGAAAACAACCAUAACGGUGACAUACAAGUUGACAAAUUGCGAAAAGUACGCCUCUUGACACUGGCUCGAAGGAAGAGGACCGCUUGGAUUAGCAGUCGAAACCCCAUCAUCGUCAUCAUCUUCUGUUCCGGAUCGGUCGAAAGGGUGCCAUAAGGUGCCCCUAUAGACACAGACAGAGCCAGCUUCGCACAUUGGCGCACAUCGUGUCAGCCGCCAAUGCUGAUUGUCAAGAUAUUCCGACUGUUCGGGUGAUGGAAGCAAAAGAACGGUUGCAACGCUAGUUAAUAACAGCCGGCCAAGAUAUUCGAACUGCGAAUCUAUUCAACUGCCUUCACAACAUUUGUUGUUCCUAAUGCACCAACUUCCUAGACACGAGCCUGGACAGUGACCGCUAGGGCUCAGCCAACUUGCACACAAUAAAUUCACAAAUUCACUUCUCGUCUCACCAUACCACCAACUCUGGGCGAAUGAAAAAUGAUCAUCGUAUACACGGCGGCCGAAAAUUGUUUGCGAGUAGUAGUUAAACACAACGCCUAUCCCGUCCGUUCGGUUAGAGCGAUCACCGGAAACCAUCGAACCAAGAGACGAAAUUUCCGUAACCGAAAUGUACCGGGUGAUAGUAGUUAGAGAAAAACGAAAAACAUUAUAACCGGAGGGUAGCAAACGAAAGAGCCGAGUGGCAGUCCCAACCCCGUACCGUUUCGGGUUCGUUCCGUCGCAAACAUCUGUGAUAAUAAAGGCUAACAAGAAAUUCCCAAUGGGUUAGAAAGUAAGCAAACCGUCCUGGUUCAUUUUAUGUUUCGGCAAAAUUGGUCAAAAUUUUUUUCAAAUCGAAGAAUAAGAAGAAAACAAGUGCCUAGCUACCAGCAGAAAAGCAGAUGAAAAUGUGCAAAUAGAUGUGUUCAAAUAUUACGUAUUUUUGCUACAGUUUACCACUCGGGAUCUCUUUUAUGGUCGAAAAGUGUUAUACAAAAUAAGUGUUUUACUCCUGCAAGUAUACAAGAUUGAUGUUAUACAACAUAUUAUAGCAAACCAACCACGAAGCUGUCUUAUAGUAAAGCAAAGACUUGAACUUUCGAACAGAUUUGUUAAUACAAUUCGCGUGUUUCUCCAACCAGAAAGAAUAAAAACCGCCAAAACCUGACGCCCACUGGUUCGAUACUAUCGCGUGAUAGAAACCAGAAUUCAACAGCGUGACCCUACGAGCUCUACGCUGGCUUUAGCAAGUUUGCGAGGUGGCUCUGCCAUCGUGGCAAUGCCAUUUAUUGACGAUGACCUGUUAUGGUGUCCUGAGAACGAUGGCCGAAUGGUGGAUCUACAGUCCUGCCUUCAGGAACCAAACGGUGCCAAUCCACAAUCCGAACAGAGUGGCAAUGGCUGUGAUUUGAAUAACCUGGAGGAAACACUAUGCAACGAUUCAGACGAAUUAUUGCGGCAAUUGACGGAAAAUACCUUUGAACUCGAGCAAUUCUUCCAGGAUUUUCCCGUAACUGAGAUUAAAGUUGAGGAAAAUAACAAUGACCUAAACCUCGAUGAAGAAACAAGUGGCCAAAUUUUCCUGCAAAGCUGCAGCCAACUGCUCUCCUCGGCUGCAGCGGUUGCAGUGGCCAAUUCGCAACUCAAUGCCUUGGCAGGGGAGUGUGGCAGUUUGGGCGAGGGCAACAGUGCUCUGGUACUGGCCAAUGGAACGAACAUGCUCGUACAGGCCGCCGGUGGCGGGGGCACCGGCAGUGCCGAAUGUCAGCUGCAGGAACAAUUUCUGCUAGCGCAUGCCCAAGAUCUACUGCAGCAGCAGCAGACUCGGUUCCAGCAGUUAGCCACCAACACACUGCUGGCCGAGAAGCUGCUGCAAAAUCAAACUACGUUAACCGCACUCGAUGGCGGAGGAUUACCGACGACGGUGACGACGGCCGCGCUCGGACUGGGAACGUCAACGCAGCUGCACGGUGCCGGACGAGCCGGAAAGGUUCCGGAUAUCGUUAUUAAAGCUAAAGCCUUUCUAGAUCCACUACAACAAUUGGUUUUCAAAGAUUUGCUAAUCAAUCUGCAGAAAUCGACUGAACACGACGAGAAAAAAAUGGCGAAGGCCCUGGAUUGUUACUUCUCGCUGAUGGUAACCAGUAUGAAUCCCAACAUUGGCAGCACAAUGGUAUCAUAA